UCCUUUCAGAGGUUUUGGUUCCACAGACUGGUCACUCCCACGUUUCAGAGUUCGUGUAUAUUAAGAUUUUUGCCACGCCGUGGCUCGUGCGCAAUGACUCGCGUGUGCGUAAAUAGAAGCAGCGGAGAGUGGUUUGGAGUUUGUGAAAGGAGCACGUGAGGACAGCAUCUGUGCGCGUCCAUGUCAGCAGCGGGUCGGGCUCCACAUGUACGAAUGAGCCGGUCUCCGCGGUGGAAGCAUGGUCGUGGUGGCACUGAGUAACGGAACCUUUGGAACCGAUACCAUGAAUUCUGCGCGAACCGCUGGCGCGGAUGCGGGCGUUCUGCUGUCAGAGGCUUUGGCACCGCGUCUGCGGAAGAUCGCACAGAACGCCGCGGAGGCGGCAGCAGCUGCGGCAGCUGCAGCGGCGACAACGCAUCCCUGCGCAUCCUCCACUCAGACCUGGGUGAUGGAGACGAACGGAACGCGUUGCGGGGAGCAGAUCCUGAACUACGGACCUGCGGAGAAGGUUCUGAUCGGCGGUGCGCUGACGCUGCUGACGCUCUCUACCAUCUGCGGGAACCUGCUGGUGGUCAUCUCGGUCUGCUUCGUCAAGAAGCUGCGCCAACCUUCCAACUACCUGAUUGUAUCACUGGCGAUGGCUGACCUGUCCGUGGCGCUCGCCGUCAUGCCCUUCGUCAGCAUCACGGACCUCAUCGGUGGUCAGUGGAUCUUCGGUCAGUUUUUCUGUAACGUUUUCAUCGCCAUGGACGUGAUGUGUUGUACCGCGUCCAUCAUGACGCUGUGUGUCAUCAGCAUCGACAGGUAUCUGGGCAUCACCAAACCCCUGACGUAUCCCGUGCGUCAGAAUGGCUGCUGCAUGGCAAAGAUGAUCGUGUCGGUGUGGCUGCUCGCCGCCUCCAUCACGCUGCCCCCACUGUUCGGUUGGGCCCAGAACAUCAACGACGGCAGCGUCUGCCUCAUCAGUCAGGACCUGGGCUACACCGUCUACUCCACGGCCGUAGCCUUUUACAUCCCCAUGUCCGUCAUGUUGUUCAUGUACUACAGGAUUUACCGCGCUGCAAAACUCAGCGCCGCCAAGCACACCAUCACAGGGUUUCCUAGGGAGGGGGAGGUGGCAGGACCACGGGCAAAAGGACGGCUCGGGGUCCUGCAGUCGCCAGAGUCUGGAGAAACGGCCAGUGUGGAAGGGACGGAGGUGGUGGAGCCUGAGGAGGAGGAGGAGAGCCUGGACUGUGUAGCAGCAGCACUAAAGCUUCAGCGUGAGGUGGAAGAGGAAUGCAGCUCCCGAGUUUCCCGCCUUCUGAAGACUGGUGACCACCACCACCACCAGCGACGCCAAAGGAAAAACCAGUCUAUCUUCAAACGGGAGCAGAAGGCAGCAGCCACCCUUGGAAUCGUGGUCGGCGCCUUCACCUUCUGCUGGCUGCCAUUUUUUCUGGUGUCCACUGCUCGGCCUUUUGUCUGCGGCGUGGAGUGCAGCUGCGUGCCACUGUGGCUGGAGAGGACUCUGCUCUGGCUGGGCUAUGCCAACUGUCUCAUUAACCCCUUCAUCUAUGCUUUCUUUAACCGUGACCUGCGCACCACCUACAGCAACCUGCUGCGCUGCCGCUACAGGAACAUCAACAGGAAGCUGUCAGCAGUGGGUAUGCACGAGGCGCUGAAGCUGGUGGAAAGGCCCGACAGUGACGUGGCAUAGCAGCGACAACAUUUACACUCCCAAAUGAGUACCACCAUGAAAGGUCACGUGGCAGUGGUGCUGCCAGGAUCCUGAAUGUUCUGCAAAGAGUUGGAACCAAGAAGAACAGGAGCAGAACAGGAGCAGACAGGACGGUGUUCUUUAAAAUGUGCCGAACCAAAGGCACGUGUCAGGACAGAGCCUCUGUGCACAGAGCAGCAAUGGCAGCGAAGUUCAACGGUUGCUUUGCUUGUAGGACAAACCCACAGCUAGAGUACCGUGGUUCCAGAUGUGUGAAAGUCACAAAUUAAGUAACAAAAACAAAGUUGUCUGGUUCCGCACAGUGGUCAAGUCUGGAGAUUAAAUGAUGUUUACUUUAAAAAAAAAAAAGUCCAGAGAUUUUACUUGCGUACUUUCUCUUAUUGGACGAUCCUAGCUGUGGAUCACACAGUCUCUCCUCCUAUCUACACACACUAUGUAUAUUGUUCACCGUGGUGAUAAUAUGACACACUGUAGGAUGUUGUUGUAACAGUAUUUUCAAACGUGGUCUCUGAACAAACGGUAAUUUUAAAGGUACUCCCAAACGGAGCAAAACUUGACGUUGCCAAGAUAAAACUUUCGCACAAAAGGACUGACUGUCACUACAGUCAUUCAACGGAGGUUACAGCACAUGGAGAAGCACAGUGUAAAUAAGGAUUGGCUAUAACAUACACAGUCUAUGAUGUUGUCCUAUUGGAGCAGAUUGUCCUGAGAGUAACACACAAAGUCAAUACGACAAUAUCAGACCACAGAUACAACGGAUUCUGACUCACAAUCACUUCACCCAGUUUGCCCUGUUAUUUAACCACCGUUACAUAACUGUUUACUUAAUUCUAAAACACAGGAAAAAAACUGUUUGUUUGUUUACAUUGAUGCUAAUUAGCUCAGCAGUUAGCAUCUGCUUAUUUUAAAUGGCAUUGCUGU